UGCCGUGGAGAAUCCACAUCCAGGUGCCGGAAUAUUAACCGGCUUCCCUUUCGGCACACGGCGCACGAGGGCGCCUUUCAAACGGAACUUCCCUAUGCCUUAGGAUCGACUAACCCAUGUCCAACUGCUGUUCACAUGGAACCUUUCCCACUUCAGUCCUCAAAGUUCUCAUUUGAGUAUUUGCUACUACCACCAAGAUCUGCACUAGGGGCCGUUCGACCCGGGAUCACUCCCAAGGCUUCGUCACGGACCCCCACGCCUGCCUACUCGUCGGGGCAUCGUUUCUACCCCGACG